GCCCAGGGGUCCUGAUGAUGUAGAUGUAGUUUUAAAUCAGAUGUACAACGUUUACUAUAUUUGAGACAAAGUUGUUUUUAGACAAAAGAAGGUACUUAUUCUGUUCUAUCCUCUGGCUGCUGCUGCUGCUGCUGCUGCUGCUGAGGUCAUUUUAAAGCGCCUAUAGCUGAGCAUGCAUUACAGGGCUGCUGUCCGGUAGUGGUGUCACGUCGCAGUCAGUGUUGGCCUCUAGGGACCCCUCCUGGACGAGCUGGCAUAUAAAACAAGUGACCAGCCCCUCCCGGACAAAGUGAGCUCCAGCCUGGCCCUACGCGCCUGUGCUGCUCUUCAUGGAUGCUACAGCACUUGAACACUUGAGCAUCCUCAGCCCUGCCCAGCUCAGAGGACAGUAACACGGACGGGACCAAUCCGACCAUCGCUGUCUCCUCUCCACUGAUAUUCUGUGACAGGUGUAGAGUGUUGGGAGAGCUGCCAUGGCUAACAGAGGGCCCAGUUAUGGACUGAGCCGAGAGGUUCAGGAGAAGAUUGAGCAAAAGUAUGAUCCAGAUCUGGAACAGCGGCUGGUGGACUGGAUAAUGGCACAGUGUGGAGGAAACCUGGAGAAACCGCAGCCGGGCCGGCAGAACUUCCAGAAAUGGCUGAUGGAUGGAACAAUUCUCUGCAGACUCAUCAACAGCCUUUACCCAAGAGGGAAAGAGCCCAUCAAGAAAAUUCCAGAGACGCAGAUGGCCUUCAAACAAAUGGAGAAGAUAUCUCAAUUCCUGCAAGCAGCAGAAGCGUAUGGAGUCACAAGUACUGACAUUUUUCAAACUGUGGAUCUGUGGGAAGGGAAGGACAUGGCUGCGGUGCAACGGACCCUAAUGGCUCUUGGGAGUGUGGCCAUUACAAAAGAUGACGGUCAUUACAAAGGUGACCAAGACUGGUUCCACAGGAAAGCCCAGGGGUAUCGGCGAGAGUUCACCGAUGAGCAGCUGCGCCAAGGCCAGAGUUUGAUCGGCCUGCAAAUGGGCAGCAACCGCGGUGCUUCCCAGUCUGGUAUGACGGGCUAUGGUAUGCACCGUCAGAUCAUGUAGACCACUCACUAACUAACCUACUCCUCUUACUACUGCUUCCAGACCUUUUUUUCUACUAAUACUACAAGUGUUGUAGCCUUGAAACCUCCUUAUCCUUUGUAGCACUUGCUAUGCUAACCUCAGUUACCCUGGAAUUGCUGCUUUUUCAAACUGAGCAUUCUGUUUUCAAAAUGAUGUCAAAUGCUGUAGAUCACCUUCACCAUGCUCUCGUCCGCUUCCUCUUUUCCCCUUGACCAUGUGUGUUCCCAGUUCAGCUUUUUCUUACCUUCCAUAUUCAAAUAUUACUUAAUGUGAACCUAAAUGUCAUUCAACAUCAAUGAAGUCCUAUUGAGAAAAAUGACAUCUCUACACAAAACAAGCCAUCAGUGUCAGAAAGUCCUUAAUCACUGUUACAGCAUGUUGUAUGCCAAGUAUUUGUAAUAUUGUGUACAUUUAUUUACAUCUAUCACUGAUCAUUGUUUUAGGAUGGUCUUUACCUGUGUUAUUGUUUAGCCUUAAUCUCAGUGAAACUCUGUGACUCAUGAUGUCUCUGCUAUCUUGUCUGAAGACUUGUUGCAGUAUCCUCUGUAACCAAAUCAGCCUCACGUUGUGCCUGGUUAUGGGACUACAGAGACUGGGUUCUCAUAUAUUGGCCUCAAAUGAGUAAUUAUUGAGUUUCAUUCACUCUGAGCCAUGCCCUUGUCAUUUGUUUGUCAGAUUACAUUCUUGUCCAUUUAAUGUACAACAAAGUAAAUCAUUGUGCAGUAGCCAACAUGUAUGACAGUGAAGUUACUGGUGCAAGGUAAAGACAUUGCCUGAAUGUGCACUUUUAUGUAUUGUCAUGUUUAUAUUUUUGAAUAUAUUUAUAUCUGGAGGCCUGUGGUAAUAAUUAUUGGAA